UUGGGGAUUUUAUUGACAGCUGGAAAAGUGAAAAAUUUUCGUGGUGGUGGCAGCACCUGUGUGUAGCCAUUUUCGCGUUUCUCCGUGAAUUUUGCGUUCCCGCAAGGAGUUCCAAAAGUUUGCAAAAGGGACACUGUUGGGUGUCAUUGAUGUUGUGGACCGCGAGUGAGACACAUCCAUAAAUAGUGUGUGCUACUGUUUUAUGCGUAGGUAAAUCAUUUUUGAUGGGGAGAGAGUGGUAGACACCUCCUCGCUGGUUGGAGUGCUGUGUGAUUUUUGUGGGGCCACCAUCUUUGUGUCUCCCUCUUUCAUUGGCUGGCUCAUAACGGUGAGACAAGAGGAGGCGGCGGCGGCGAAACGUCUCCCGAGAGAUCACCGGAAGACGAGGCCUCUUGCUGGUGGACUUCCUGGACGACUAUGGGCUGCUUCGGGUCGGCGGGAAGUAAGCAAACAGAUGCUGGUGGCUCUGAAGAUUCAAAGAGUCAAAAGAGACGUAGUGAUGCCAUCACGAAGCAACUGCAGAAGGACAAACAGGUGUAUAGGGCGACACAUAGACUCCUGCUUCUGGGCGCCGGUGAGUCCGGCAAAUCGACUAUUGUGAAGCAAAUGCGAAUUCUACAUGACGCCAAUGGGUUUUCCGAUCGUGAACGGAAGCAGAAGAUUGAGGAUAUCAAAAAGAAUAUUCGUGAUGCCAUCUUGACGAUAACCGGAGCGAUGAGUACGCUGAAUCCGCCGAUUCAAUUAGAGAAACCCGAGAAUCAAGCAAGGGUUGAUUAUAUUCAGGAUGUGGCAUCAAAUCCGGAUUUCAACUAUCCCCCGGAAUUUUAUGAGCACACAGAGCAUCUCUGGAAAGACCGCGGUGUUCAACAAACAUUCGAACGUUCGAAUGAAUAUCAGCUAAUCGAUUGCGCUCAAUAUUUUCUUGAUCGUGUAAGUGUAAUAAAACAGCCGAAUUAUAGUCCAACAGAGCAGGAUAUUCUGAGGUGUCGUGUCCUGACCUCAGGCAUUUUUGAGACAAGAUUUCAAGUUGAUAAGGUCAAUUUCCAUAUGUUCGACGUCGGUGGUCAGAGAGAUGAGAGACGCAAGUGGAUUCAGUGCUUCAAUGAUGUAACUGCAAUUAUUUUCGUGACAGCAUGUUCUAGUUACAAUAUGGUGCUGCGUGAAGAUCCAACACAGAAUCGUCUGCGGGAGUCCCUUGAUCUAUUUAAGAGUAUUUGGAAUAAUAGAUGGUUGCGUACAAUUUCCGUGAUCCUCUUCUUAAAUAAACAAGAUUUACUAGCUGAAAAAAUUAAAGCGGGUAAAAGUAAAUUGCAAGAGUACUUUGCAGAGUUCACCAGAUAUCAAACUCCGGCUGAUGCAAUUGCUGAACCCGGAGACGAACCAGAAGUAAUUAGAGCCAAAUAUUUCAUCAGAGAUGAGUUUUUGCGCAUAUCAACUGCUAGUGGCGACGGAAAGCACUAUUGCUAUCCCCAUUUCACAUGCGCUGUCGACACGGAAAAUAUACGGCGAGUGUUUAACGAUUGCAGAGACAUCAUUCAAAGAAUGCACCUCCGGCAAUAUGAGCUUUUAUAGAUCUUAUUAGUAACGGAACUUUUUGUCGUCGCCAUUCUUCUGUAUUCUAUUUAAAGUUUUCCUUAUUUUUCUUUUCCAAAAACAAAAAACAACAACAAAGGUUAGAAGAAGAGUUUUAAUUGGUGGUAAUGUGAGAAGAAAAUCGUGAAAAAAAUUUUCAUAAAGUAACCAUCACAUCUAAUUAAUUCUUCGAGCAAAAGCAAAGGCAAAUAUAUAUACAUAAAAAAAAAGAAAAGGAUCAAAAAAGAAAACUAAAAAGGGAUACAUUGUACCAUUCACAUUAACAUUGCAAGAAGAGGAUGAAGAUGAGAGAGUGACACCAAAUCAAAUCACACAAGCAGCACACAUUGAAACACAUUACACACACAAGAACUAGCCAAAUAAGGUAUAAAAUACACAUUUUAACUUUAUUAAUUAAAAAAAGAGAGAGAAAAUAUUAAGAAAAAAAAUAUUUUAAAAAAAAGUGAAAGAAAUAACUAUAGGGAUUUAAAAAAAAAUGGAAAUGAGCAAACACAGUACGAAAGGGAAAAAUCAAUUGCAAACCAAAUAAAUUAUUUAAAAGAUAUGGUGAAGAGAAUAAAAGCGCAUGGAACGAUGGAGAACACACACUGAGAUAACAGAAAAAAAACGCAAAAUUCGUGUAUUAAUAAAUAAUAAAAAAAAGUAUAGUUCUUAUCGAGAUGAAAGUGAAACCUAAACACAAAGUGGAAGGAAACACAGAAAAAAAUGCGAAAAGAAAUAGAGAAAAAAACAAAAAAAAAUUAGUAUAAAAUUAAUAAAUUAAAAAGGACAGAGAAAUAGUGAAACUUCUGUGGGAAUUGUAUUUACACAGAUAUGAUAAAACAAGAAGAAAAAAAUGCAAAGAAAAACACAGAACAAUGUUUACGAAAAAAAAUAGUCACUGGAUGGAAACUUAAGUUAUUGUGGUUGAUAGAAAAAAAAAUUCUAAUAAUUGUAUAUAAGUUUAUUUUUCUUUUUCGGUUUUAAAUGCUUUUAUUAAUAAAUGAUCGAAAAAUAAAAAAUAAAAAUAAAAAAGUCGCGAUAAAAAAAAUUUCAAACAGUGCAGUAAGGCGAGAAAUCUACGGCAUAUAUUAAUUUUAUUGUAAUUUAUUUUUUAGGUAAUAAUAUUAAAUGAAAUUUAGUCGAAAUUGAAAAAAAAAAUAAUGGGAUGGGAGAGAAUGCAAGAAAAUACAGUAAAUUGUAACAUCUGUUCAAAGGGAAUGUAUUUAUUUUAAAUGAAGAAAAUAAUCUACCAGAUAGGUAGAGUAAAAAAAAACUACCAGUAUGAAAAAGCACAAAGCGUAAGAUGAGGAAAAUCGAUAGGGAAAGUGAGGAAAUUGAGUAUGAGAGAAAAAAUAUCUCAGUGUCUAGUUGAAUAUCUCCAAUAGAAUGUUUUUUUUUUAACAAUGAUUACAAUCGUGGUAACGGAAAAAAGGGAUUUAGAUUUUUUUUGAAACUCUAUAAAAUCAAGGAAAAACCAAAGGAAAACUAUAUUUAAAUUCCAAUGAAACAAAAGAGAAACACUUAUAAUGCCCAGCGCCAUUGCCUUUGAAUCUAAAUAGUCCCGUAUAGACUCAGUUUUCUUUAUUGUAUCCUUCAUGGCGCUGCGAUCGCUUUUUCUGCAGGCACAUAUUUUUACCAGUAAGUUGCUUCGGCAAACGAAGUGUCACUGGGCUGGCGUCCGUUGAAGGAAAUGGUCGUCUCUAUGUCGCUCCGUAUGAGAAUUUGUGGAGAGGUAAAACGAUACCUGACAAUGCCAGCACAUAAUACUUUUCGUUUUGUAAACAUAUUUUCUAAUCUUCCAAUGAGAGUGAGCGAGAUGACUAUAUUUAGAUUUUACUCACUCUCACUGAAAUGUCAAAAACAUUUUUACAAAACAAAAGUUAUUGUGCGCUGAGCGUAAUGACUAGUGCACAAUAACUUUUGUUUGUAAACAUGUUUUCAAAAUUUAUUAUGAGAGUGAGCGAGAUGACUAGAUCUAGAUCUCACUCACUCUCAUUGAAAUGUCAAAAACAUAUUUACAAAACAAAAGUUAUUGUGCGCCAGGCAUAAUGCCCAACGCACAAUAACUUUUGUUUUGUAAAUUAUGUUUUCGAAAUUUCAUUGAGAGUGAAUUAAAUGUGGAUCUAGUCAUCUCACUCUCUUUCAUAGGAAAUUUUGAAAACAUGUUUGCAAACAAAAGUUAUUGUACAUUGGUUAUAAUGCCCAGCACACAAUAACUUUUAUUUCUUAACAUGUUUUCAAAAUUUCCUAUGAGAGUGAGCGAGAUGACUAGAUCUCGACCUCACUCACUCUUAUUGAAAUGUCAAAAACAUAUUUACAAAAAAAAAGUUAUUGUGCGCCAGGCAUAAUGCCCAAUGCACAAUAACUUGUUUGUAAACAUGUUUUUAAAAUUUUCUAUGAGAGUGAGCGAGAUGACUAUAUUUAGAUUUUACUCACUCUCAUUGAAAUGUCAAAAACAUGUUUACAAAACAAAAUUUAUUGUGCAUUCUGCAUAAUUCACAAUUUAUUUAGUUUUAUAAACAUAUUUUUGAUUUUUCAGUGUGACUGUAUGAAAUGCAGAUCUAGUCAUCUGACUCACUAUCAUAGAUUGUUCCGAAAAUAAUGUUUACAAAAUAAAAGUUAUUGUGCGUUGGUCAUAAUACGCAACACAUACAGACACUUCUAUUUUGUAAACGUGUUCACGAAAACUACAUAUGAGUGAGCGAGAUGACUAGAAGCAUGUUUCGCGGUUCUUAUUCUUUGAACUGUCAAAAAUAUGUUUAACAAACCAAAAUCAUUUUGUAUGGCUCAUAAUGAGCAACAUAGAAUGAUAUAUAUAAAUCUAUUUAUAUAUAAAUAGAAUAUAUAAAUCUAUUUAUAUAAUUUCAUCCCUUUCAGGAUUUCGAACAUUCGGGGUUUUGGCUUUCGGGAUUUUAGUCUUUUCGGGAUUUUGACGUUCGGGAUUUUGGCUUUCGGGAUUUUGGCUGCCACCGGUUUUAGAGACUAUCCAGGCGGACAUUUCGUCCUUAGACGAAAAUAGCGUUGAAUCAUUCCUAAUAACGGUUUUUCAAGGUCAAAGGUUAAAAAGAUACUAGAGAACGCAUUUAUCAAGCGAAUGUUGAAUGUGAAUGAAGUGUCAUGUUGUGCUUGUUGAAAAAGUCUUGAAAUUUCCGACAAAACUGAACCGGUUCCAAUCGGUUCUGAACCGGUAAUGAAUAGGUACAUAGCCGAUAACUAUUUUUUAUCCCAAAAUCAAUUCUAUUUCUUUUAAAACAUUUUGGAGUAUCUUUUGAAAGUUUUAUGCAUCGUAUCAGUUCAAAUCGGUUGAGAACCGUUAAACGGUAAAUUAUACGAAGGUACUUUUGCGGUUUAGCAUCUAAGUUACGAGUUCGAGCAUUUCGCAAAGCCUAGGACGCAUUGCCACCCUUUUUAAGAUGGAAUCACUUUUGGUUUUUGCCCAGAACUUUUGGUUCUGAUGAAGACCUUCUUUAUUGGUCAACUAAAUUCAGUUUUCAGAGUCUUCCUUAGGGAUCAUGUUGUUCAUUUGAACUCAAUGAUCAAUUGCAUUCUGAAAAACCAAUAAAAUUAAUUGUUAUUUAGGGUUUUGAGACCUUCGGGAACUGGGCUAAACCUUUAGUAUGAAGACCGCUUUAGGGUGACAACAACUUUUACUGGAAAUCUUCGAAGAUAUCUUUUAAAAUCAUGUAAAUCUUUGAUGGCCUCUACACAAUAGAGAAAUUUAUGUCCAUAUCGAAGCAAUAUUCCCUACGCUUGUGUAGGAAAAACUCUUCAAUGAGCCCAAACACAAGUAGAUUUUGUUUCUCCAAUAGUGUCUUGGAUAAAAGGUAAAUGUAACUCUAUUUUCACAAAAAGUCGUUGACGUUCGAAGAAUUCAAAUUCAAUUUUGAAUUUUCAUACUAAAUUUUCGAACAAGGUGGGGAAAAUUUAUCAAAUAUCACAGUAAAAAGCUCGCAAAAGAGUUACUCAGUGAUUAUGGAGUGAUUAAGUAAUGAGACAAGAACAGUAAACGUCGUUGUUCUGUUUUAUUUCUCACAACAAUGCGAAGACAGUCACAUUUUGACACUUGAGGACUUCGAAAUUCAGCCACCUUGCGGAAUUAUCUAAAAGUAAGAAAGACUCGUUUUUGGAUCUUCAAAUAGAUUUUCGAAUUUUUCAAGAUCUACUUUUGUACGGAAAGAAUAUGGACAUAUUUUUCUGUAGUAUGUAGAGGGCCAUGAGAGUAGCAGGAGCGAUAUUUUUAUAAAUAAUCCUCCGAAGUUUUUUUUAGAACUACAUUUUUUUUGUGUACUAAAGAGUUUGUCAAGUCAGUAUGAAUCAGUCAGUCUUGUCAAAAACCUCGUGGAGCAUCAAUUGAAGUUGGACUUUAAGAAAUCUAUAAUUAUCCGUUCAAUUUAGUUAGUUUUUAGUUGGAAAAGUUGUGUAAAAGAAGGUGUUUUCCAUUGUCUCUUAAAGAAAGAAGUGAUAUCAGAAAACUGGAUCCUUUUGGCCGGAUUUAUUCCUUGUCUUUGCAUUCAGGUAUCCGAUUUGAGAGUUCUCUGGGAAGUAUCACAGGAAGAGUUACUUAACAAAGAUUAAUUCUAAACAGGUACUUGAGUUGGAUGUUCUCUGGGAAGUAUCACAGGACAUUCUACCUAAACAGUUUAUUUCUAAACAGGUAAAUUAUAACCAAAAGCUUUGUCCUUAAUGGAGGCACGGGCUUAGGAUAUCUAGGUUAUCCUACUUUUUUCUUUUUGGAUACUUUAACAAAAUUUUUGCAGUUGACCCCAAAACGCUUUAAAGCAAUAUUCUGAAUUUACUUUAGCCAUUUUGCCCUAGGCCUUCCCCGAGGUAGAUUCCCCUGGUUUGGGUAGGUUUUUUGAGGAACAUUUCUUUAUUCAUGCACCGAGCAUGACCAUACUAUCAGAGCUAAUACGAAGAAGUAGCUCCUCGUGAGUGCUUUCGUUUCUAACUUUAUCCUUACGACUAGUUCUUCUAAUAUCAAAAGCCAUUCGUAAAAGUAUUAAAAUGAUCCUCUUGAAAAGAUAGAGGCUAUUUCCUAUUUCAGAAAAGAUCGCAUUGGAUCCUUGCGCUAUAAACUUAGAAUUCUAAACACUGAGUUAAUAAUUUUUUGUGGAAAUUCGACAUUGCUACAAAGUUAAUUUUUUCCAUUCUUAAACUUCUUAAUUGUUUUUUUAAAAUCAUAUUGAUUGAAUAUUCAAAAAAAUCCUUGAUAUUCCACUAGACACUCUGACUUAGCACAAUUAUUUCUCAAAUUUGUACUUCUAUUUGUAAAAGGAUAUCAAAAAAUGCUAUACAAUAUUUAUUCGAAACAUCACAAUUCAAUUAUAAACCAUUGAAAUUUUUUCCUCAAUCAUCUCUUAUAUUUUUCCUCAUAUUUUUGCACCUUCCUUUUACAAAAGGGACUACUUAAUGGAAGAAAAUAGAAUAAAAAAAAACAAAUUAGCAGCGAUAGAAAUGAAGGAGAGAAAAAAAAUGUGAAAAUCUGUAAAGCAGAAAUUAAUAGCCAAUACAUUAAAAAUAAUAUAAAAUAUGAUGAAAAAAAAAAAUUAAUGAUUAAGAAUAAAAAUUUAGGUAAAAAGAUAAUGAAAUUAUAUUUGUGUGUAAAUACAUAAUUCUAUUAUAAUUAUAAAAAAAGUAACAUAAAGGCAACAAAAAAUGGUGGAUUCAAAAUAUUAAUUAAUAUUUAUGAUUAAAAAAAACUGGAAAGUGAGAAAAAGGAAAAUAAUUAGAAAAGAAAAACCAUUGUCGUAAUAUUUGAAAAGAAAAAAGUAAUUGAAUGGUUUUAUUUUAGACGAACUGACAGGAUUAUAAAAGAAAUCACUAACAGAUUUUUAAGAAAUAAUGAAACUUCCAACAAAGAAAACGUUUUUAUUUGAAAACAGAUGUGAAAGGAAAUACAAUGAUAAGAGGAAUGUAAACAGUUUAAUUGAUAAAAAUAUAUAUAUUGAUUGUGAUAGUGGCAUAUAUAACAUAAUUAUACAUAUAAAUAUUUUUUAAAUUAAAAAAAAAGAUAGAAGAUUAAAAAAAACUGAGUGAAUUAGUGGAAAAUUUCGUUCUUCUGCUUUACUCUAUCAUGUUUUUAUUUUUUAAAUUAAUAUAUUUUGUAUAUUACUUUUGUUUUUAUUUUUUAACAAUUUUAUGAUACAGCAAACAACCACAAAAUCUUUAUUGUUAAUUGUAAAUUUGUUAAUUUUUUUUUGUUUAAUUGCUAACAAUGCAAAAUUGAAAAUAAGGGUGUUACUUUAUUAAAUAAAUUAAGCAUAAGUUUUAUUAAAAAUUAGAAAAAAAUCAGGCAGCUUCUUUUGUUUCAACGAAAGAGAGGAGAAUUUGUAGAAAAAAAAGUACGAUGGAAGUUUUCAAAAUUUAAGACAGAAAGGGUUUCAUAAAAAAGCAGUUUUGCAAUAUUUUAUUUUUUUUAGAAUUCACGAAAUAUUUUUAAAAUCAUCUAUCAUCAAACGUAUAGUUUCAAGUUCGAUAAAAGAAAAACAAAAGACAGAAUUGAUAAAAAAAAUUACAAGUGGAUUUUAUUUUUAUUACUUUACAGUCCAAAUGGUUAUGGAUAUCUUUGCAUUUAUAUUUUAAAACAUUUUGUCGCAAACAUCGAAUUUCCUUUCAAGUGCUUAAUUAAAACACUCCAAACGUUCAAUAAUUCUACAUUUAUUUUCUCUCUGAAGUGUUUAGUGACUUUUUAUUCAAUAUAAUUUUAAAAAUUUUAUUUGAGAGAGAAUAAAAGGGCAGAAAAAGGAAAUUCCAUGUAAAAAAUAAUAAAUUGAAAUAACUAGCACAAAUCUUUCUAAGAGUUUUUAUCUAAUUCAUUAAACAUCAUAAUUUUUUCCAAGGUGCCUACGGAAUGCUGUUAGGUUUUUUUUAAAUUAUUUUGUAAAAAGUUAGUAUUGAACCCUCUUAAUAUGCUCUAUUUAAAAAAAAAUAAGCCACUCCUCCUGCUGGGUUUCUUCUCAGGUAAAUUCGAAAUUUUUAAAUUCAAUAUUUACCUCUGUCCCAAAAAUAGUCGUACAUUCUUUCAUAUAGGGGAAAGUACUCUCCCUUCGAACGUUCAUGCCUUCGAAUAAUGUGAAUUUCUUUUGUUUUUCGUAAGAGAUUUACACUAAAUUAUCAUGGAAUUAUCAAGAAUUGAUGAUAAGCCAACUAAUAUUUAAUAAAAAUGUGUAAGUCUCUUAGGAAAACUAAAAGAAAAUUCACAUUAUUCGAAGGCAUGAACGUUCGAAGGGAGAGUACUUUCCCCUAAAAUGUACUAGCAAACGUACGACUUUUUUCGGGACGGAGGGAGUAUAUUUUUUUAAUUAUCUCAAUUUGAGGGAAAACAUAGGUUUUCACUACCUUUAAAAAAUAGGCCACGCCCUCUACUAUAUCCUGUAGAGUACAUCACUUAAAAAUCCGAAGGUUGUGUAAUUCCUAAAACAAGUAAAGGCCCUUAAGAUUUUUUUAAUGAUAAAAAUACUAAAAUCAGUACAAAAACACCUAACAAAGUUACAUACAGAAUAAAAUUUCUGUGGCCACGCCUACUUAAGUGCAGUAUUCCUAUUCUGGUAGCGUCAGUAAAUUGACCCUUGGUUGAGAAAUUUAAGGUACCAAUAUUUGGGAGAAGUAAGCCCAAAUGGGGUUUACCUAAAUAAUAUUGAAACUUCUGAGGGGUAAAUUGGAAAAUUAAAGGAUAGGGGAAAGUACUCUUCCUUCGAACGUUCAUGCCUUCGAAUAAUGUGAAUUUCUUUUACUUUUCCUAAGAUACUUGCACAUAAUUAUCAAUAUUUGAUAAUAAGCUAACUACAAUUUAAUAGAAAUGAAUAAGUCUCUUAGGAACACAAAAUAAAAUCAUAUUAUUCGAAGGCAUGAACGUUUGAAGGGAGAGUACUUUCCCCUACUACCCAUUUUUCACUUUACGGGGAUUAAUGUCACUCACUGAAGAUUGAGGACAUUUACCUAAUAAUAGCACCCCAAAAAGCAAUUUUUCAGCACCUAUGAAAAUGGUAAGGGUUGGACCUUUCAAGGGAAUAAUGGAUUUUGAUUAUUGGAUAGGCAUAUGUCAAGGGAUACUCGUAACUCAUAUUGAAAAAAGAACCCUUGUCAAUUGUCCGAGAAACGCUUCUCAAAAUCAAAAAAACCCACUUUUUGCAACGCGAAACCCCAGAAACCUAAAAAUUGCAUUGCGAAACUCGAGAAACCACACUGAGAGAAAUCCGAAAAAGUUAAAAUAACAUUCUGGAAAUGUUAAUUUUACCCUGCAUUAUUUAUCCAAAAUCGGUGUAAAUAUUACACUUUUUAGGUGUAUUAUGGGUUAAAGGUACCCUUUUUCAUGUUAAUUUUUAUUCUUAAAAAGGUGUAAAAUUAAUAUUAAAAAAUGUUGAUAUAUUUUUACACCUAAAAAGUGUUGAAGUUUUGAGGAAAAAAUGUUAAUCGCACCCUCUUUUUUUUCUCACACUGAGAAAAAAACAAGGGUGCAACUAACUUUUUUUCCUCAUAACUUUAACACUUUUUAGGUGUAAAAUAUAUCAACAUUUUUAAUGUUUGAAGUCUCAUUUUGAUGAGGCAGUGCGUGUUUCCUUCGAGAUUUUAGUGAAAAUUGUUUAAUAUCCCAAUUUUCUUGUGAAUUUAUUCAGUGGAAUCUCUGAUGAGUCAAAUAUCCCGAGCAGCAUGCACAGUGUGCCCCAAAACAGUGAAGAAUUCUUAAAUUCGGUGGUCAGUAAUUUUGCCAGAUGUUUUUACGAAGCUGCAAAAUUCAAUUUUCCUGAGCUGCAAGGGUAGUAACUUUUAUGAAUUUUCCUCCAUCCACAAAAACGACCCUCUUCAAGCAAAAGAUUUUCACGGUAAAUAUUAACCCUAAAAAACCCUCUAUAACUUGGAAUAGUUGCUUUUUCGAAAAGACACUUGCAGUGUGCAAAAAUGCAUAAAAUAUUACACAUCAGAAUUACGAUUUUAGGCCCAUUUUUUUUGCCUUUUGGACCCAGGAAAAAAGGUCUAGGCUUCCAAGUUUGUCAGGAAAUGUGAGAUGUAGGACUAGCUUUUAGAUUAUAUGUCUAUGGAUGAAAUUCAUUUAGUAACUUGGAAAAAAAUCAACUUUUACGAAGCUGCAACAUUACGAAGGUGCAAAAUCUUCCCCUAUAUUGAAUCUUCCUAGGAUGAUUAACUAACGGAUGGAGCAUUUUAAUUCGCAAAUGGUAUAUUUUUCUUAAUUUCUUUAUAAGUUUUAAGCCUUAGAUCCAACAAAACUAAAUGUAACACGAAAUAGUAGCCAUAGAUACAGAGAAUAUAUUUUUAUCGAAUUUAAAAGUUUACAGCUGUUGCAGAUAGAAAAUUUGUCAGGAAAAUAUAAAAUAAAAAUUGCAAAUUUUACGUCUUUUUCAAAUGAGUUUUAGGAAAUGUUAUCCUUGCGCAAUCAUUAUAAAUUUUGUACCAAUAACACAACAUUAUGUAAUUUCUCAUUCGGUAAAAGUUUUAAAAUGAUUGCAUUUGGUUUAAUACCAAAACUAAAAAUUCACUUGGGAAAAAAUAUACCAUAGGGGAAAGUGCCCAUGCUUGAUACCAUUGGAAGCUUCGCAAUGACUAAAUUUUCUAUGUUUCACAUAUGUGACUCAUCGCAACCAUAUUUUAAAAACUAUGGGAAAGCGACCAGUUUUUAAAAUAUAUUGCGGAGUCGCGUUUAUUGAGAAACAUAAGAAAAAUUUAGUCACUACGAAGCUUCCAUUGGUAUCAAGCAUGGGCACUUUCCACUACUUUUGUUCGGAAAAUUUUUGAGAAUACUCCGCCCUGGAAUCUUCUGACAUUUUCGUGAUUUUUGACAACGUGACAUGGACCACUGUGGGUUUGCCCAAGUGACUUUAUGUCUGGGUGAAUUUUGUGACUAAGAAAUUGAAAAAAAAGGAAAAAUAACGUUAAUGACUCCAGCACACCUUUUAGAUCAGGAAAAUUUCAUGGAGUCGAAAUUCGAAUCCCUUUCUUUCUCGCAUGUUUUGCAUAUGACUAUCUCAUUCUUUCGCAUACCAAAUUCGAUUGAGCUAAAUUGAAUUUGGAGUGAGGUUUAAAAGAAGAAGAAGAAUACAAGAGAAUGAGAUAGACAUAUUCAAAGCAUGUGAGAAAGAAAGGAAUUCGAAUUUCGACUUCAUGAAAUUUUCCUGAUCUAAAAGGUGUGCCGGAGCCAUAAAUAUCAAUUUUAUUGAUAAGAGCAAACCUUACUGUCAGCAAUUGAAGUAGUUUUAACAUUUUAUAGAAAUACUUUUUAUGAGAUUUUAUUCAUAACCUCACAAAAUACUUACGUCAUCAGUUCGGUUAUUGGCCCAUUUUAUUUCAAAAUGACGAUGUUUGUCUUUAUUAUCUUGAUAUCAUCUUUUAAUUCGCCGUUGAAAAUUUUAAUUUCAAUUAACCAUAAAUCGAGCAAGAGGCGUGGCCUAAUUUCAUUUUUAGGUGGAGCUUAUUGAAUCAAAAUUAAUUAAUUCAUCAACAUAAAAGAUUUAAAAAAAACCUGUCAGCAUUCUGUAGACAUGUAAUUUCGUUUUUUGAACAAAAUAGUACGAAUAGUAGCAAUUUAUUUGAAUUGACCUGCUUCAUUUCUCACAUCAUUUGACUUCUUCAUUGGAAAAUGUGUUAGAGAAUCUCUGAAUGUUAUAUAGAAAUCUGACGAAAAAAAUAUAAAUGUAUGUACUUCAUUCAAUAUAAAUACUCUUAACGGUGAUCUUCAACUAAAUUAGUAUGGUUCAAUACAAAUUUGCUCUAAAAUUUUCGAAAUUCAUUGAAAACAUAAAGAAAAAUGGUUGACGAUCACCAAAAGAUCCACUAUAAAAUUAAAAAAAAAAGAAAAUAAUAUACAUGAGGUGAAAGUAACUUUUGAAAAUAAGUGAAUUUCUCAACAGAAUCCAUUUAUUUUUUAUUCACAUGAAACUGAUGCAGUAAAGUCUUGAGGUACAAUUAAAACCAUCUUUUUUUACAAUAAAGUGAAAUAAAGAAAAUACAUUAUGAUCAUAUUUAUCAAACUAAAAAAACAUAGAGUAUUUUUUAAAUGACGCCCUUGCUAAUCUUUACACAAUUUUCACUGAAGAAAAUGAAGAAGAGAGGAUAUAAACAUUCUGUUCUCAACAAUAUUUAGAAAUGGGAAAUUAAAAAAAAAUAGUUUUAAAAAUAAGAUGAAAAUGAUAAAUUAUCGAACGACUAAAUGUAAAUUCUACCUUGUAGUUGAUGAAAGUGAGACAAAAUGAGGGAAUGGCAAAUAUACAUAUUUCAGAGCUAAUUUAUUUUCUACUAAAAAGAUGAGAGAAAAAAAGAAAUAAAAGAAAUUGAGUAAAAAAAAAGCCGAAAUAUCAAUUUCUAUCCCAAAGUUAGAAAGAUAAAAAAAAAGAGAAAAGAAACAAAGCUAUAUAGAUAUUGAAGAAAAAAAAAACUCAUAACAUUUCACACAGAGCUUUUAAUUCCUACUAAUGCAAUUUCUAACACA